AUGGGCGGUCACGCUUCAGGCAACGCGGCUUACGAUGCUGCUUUGCAGAGACGCCAAGCGCUGAUGGGCGCCAGUGGUGCUAGAGCUCUAGUCAAGAAUUGGAAGGUUGCGCGCAUCGCUGCCUUCGCUUGCAUUGGAGGCGUUUUAUAUGGCUACAAUCAAGGAAUGUUUUCCGGAAUCCUGGCCAUGCCAUCUUUCGCAAAACACAUGGACGGAUACACCGAGAACCCGACGAAGAAAGGAUGGUUGACAGCCAUUCUGGAGCUUGGCGCUUGGGUCGGUGCUGUAUUAUCUGGCUUCAUCGCGGAAGUUUGCUCCCGCAAAUACGGCGUACUCAUUGCGACUUUGGUCUUUAUCCUAGGCGUUAUUGUACAAAUUACGUCCAUCUCCGGUGGCCACGAGUCCAUCUUGGGAGGGCGCUUCAUCACGUAG